AAAUAGGAGAAGCCUAACCAAAAGAGUGCUAUAAUAGAAAAAAAAACUCGAUGGACAGACGUCAUAGACAGAUUUUUCGUUGCUCGACUGGCCCGACAGAUGAGUCCGUCUCGACAGUGACCGGACCUCUUCGUUAGGGUUUCGCGCCUCUUCUCACCGUCUGCCUACUACUAGGGAUAGACCUCCGGCAAGGCCUCCCUCGCGCCGGCGGCGUCAGCAGCGGAUAUGGGUGUUCCGGCGUUCUACCGAUGGCUGGCGGAGAAGUACCCGAUGGUGGUGGUGGACGUGGUGGAGGAGGAGCCCGUAGAGAUCGAGGGCGUCAAGGUGCCCGUCGACACCUCCAAGCCCAACCCCAACAGCCUCGAGUUCGACAACCUCUACCUCGAUAUGAACGGAAUCAUACACCCCUGCUUCCACCCGGAGGACAGGCCCUCCCCAACAACAUUUGGUGAGGUUUUCCAGUGCAUGUUUGAUUAUAUCGACAGACUAUUCGUCAUGGUUCGCCCCCGGAGGCUUUUGUACAUGGCCAUUGAUGGUGUUGCUCCUCGUGCUAAGAUGAACCAGCAGCGCUCAAGACGAUUCAGGGCUGCAAAAGAUGCAGCUGAUGCGGCUGCAGAAGAAGAACGGUUACGUGAAGAGUUUGAAAGGGAAGGCAGAAAGCUUCCUCCAAAGCAGCAAUCACAAACAUGUGAUUCAAAUGUUAUUACUCCAGGGACUGAAUUUAUGGCUGUUUUAUCAGUUGCUUUGCAGUAUUACAUCCAUCGUAGAUUGAAUUAUGAUCCUGGAUGGAAACAAAUUAAAGUUAUUUUGUCUGAUGCCAAUGUUCCUGGUGAAGGGGAACAUAAAAUCAUGUCAUAUAUUCGUGGCCAACGGAAUCUGUCUGGUUUUAACCCAAAUACGCGCCAUUGCCUGUAUGGCCUGGACGCAGAUCUGAUCAUGCUAGCUUUGGCGACACAUGAAGUACACUUCUCAAUACUGAGAGAGGUAGUUUAUACACCUGGACAGCAGGAUAAAUGCUUCUUGUGUGGUCAGGUGGGACAUCUAGCAGCAAACUGUGAAGGAAAGGUGAAAAGAAAAGCUGGGGAGUUUGAUGAGAAGGGUGGUGCUAUUGUUCCCAAGAAGCCCUAUCAGUUCUUGAAUAUAUGGACCCUGCGGGAAUAUUUAGAAUACGAGUUCAGAAUGCCAAACCCACCUUUCAAGAUUGAUUUUGAACGCAUUGUUGAUGAUUUCAUCUUCAUGUGCUUCUUUGUUGGCAACGAUUUUCUUCCACAUAUGCCGACGCUAGAGAUCCGUGAGGGAGCUAUUAAUUUGCUAAUGGCAGUGUACAAGAAGGAAUUUCCCUCAAUGGGUGGAUAUUUAACUGAUUCUUGCACGCCUGAUCUGAGCAGAGUUGAGCACUUCAUUCAAGCAGUUGGUUCAUAUGAGGACAAAAUAUUUCAGAAAAGAGCACGUUUGCAUCAGCGUCAAGCGGAAAGGAUAAAACGGGAAAAAGCUCAAGCAAAGCGGGGUGAUGAUCUGGAUCCCCAUGUUAGGGAUGACCUUAUUGUACCUAUUCAACGUUUUCAAGGGUCUCGCCUAGCCUCUGGGGCUGUACCUGUGCCAUAUGAGCAGAAUGGAUCCCAUAAAGACAAUAAAGAAAGGAAUAGUCGAGCUCGGAAAGCUGCACGAGUAUCAACGUCAGGUUCCAGCAUUGCCUCAGCCUUAGUUGAAGCUGAAAAUGACCUCGAAGCCCAAGAAUGUGAAAACAAAGAAGAACUGAAGUCAAUGCUUAAAGAUGCACUUCGCGAGAAAUCUGAUAUUUUUAAUUCUGACAAUCCAGAGGAGGAUAAGGUGAAACUUGGAGAACCAGGAUGGAGGGAAAGGUACUAUGAAGAGAAAUUUGGGGCAAGAACACCCGAGCAGAUUGAAGAAAUACGCAGAGAUGUUGUUCUCAAAUACACAGAAGGAUUGUGUUGGGUAAUGCACUACUAUUAUGAAGGGGUAUGCUCAUGGCAAUGGUUCUACCCUUAUCAUUAUGCUCCGUUUGCUUCGGAUCUAAGUGGAUUGGGCCAACUUAAUAUUAAAUUUGAACUUGGGACACCAUUCAAACCUUUUGAUCAACUUAUGGGUGUUUUCCCAGCUGCAAGUGCCCAUGCGCUACCGCUACAGUAUCGACGAUUGAUGACCGAUCCAAAUUCACCAAUAAUUGAUUUUUAUCCUACAGAUUUUGAAGUAGAUAUGAAUGGGAAGAGAUAUUCUUGGCAAGGGAUUGCAAAACUACCGUUUAUUGAUGAAGAUCGUUUGUUGGCUGAGAUAAAAAAAGUUGAGCAUACUUUGACGCCUGAAGAAGCAAGGAGAAACAGUAUCAUGUGUGAUAUGCUUUUUGUGAAUGGGUCACAUCCACUUUCGCCUUAUAUCUACUCUCUCAACAGCAAAUUUGGGCAUCUGCCUGACAAAAGGAGAAAUGAAAUUAAAGAAAAACUUGAUCCUUCUGCUAGUGGAGGAAUGAAUGGAUACAUAACACUUUGCAGUGGGGAUCCAUGCCCUCCUAUCUUUAGGUCUCCUGUGGACGGGCUGGAGGAUAUUAUGGACAAUCAAGUGAUAUGUUCAAUCUACAAUCUUCCAGACCAUCAUAAGCACAUAGCCCAGCCGCCAGUUGGUGUUAUCAUGCCCAAGAAGAUUGUUGAAGCCGGUGAUCUGAAACCACCUCCAGUGCUGUGGCAUGAAGAUAGUGGCAGGCGGCCUCAUGAUAAUAGCAACAGGCAAAACCCAUCUGGUGCCAUAUCAGGCCGUCAACUUGGAGAGGCAGCUCACCGACUUGUCAUAAACAGCUUAAAUGCUCAGGGUAGGGGGCAACAUAGUGGCACAUCAAUGCCAUAUCGAACUAUAAUGAAUGGCUUGCAUCAUCUGGAUGUAGCGUCCCCUGUCAGCAAUCAAGGCAUGCGUCCACAAGUGGGGCAGUCUGCCGGACCUCCUGGUUGGUAUGUUCCUAGGGGUAGUGUAUCAAAUGGUCAACCACCAGCUUAUGCAUCAUCAGGAUCAGGUCAUUAUCAGUAUGAAAGUUCGGGGCAUUCACAAUAUGAACAAGGUAACCAUGGAAGGCAACAAUCUCACCCAUAUGCAAGAGAUGGCUUCCAUGAUACACGAGGAAGGGUUCCACCUGCAUAUGGGUACCAGCAGAGCAACAUGUAUCCAUCGGGUCCUGGAUUGUAUGGGCAACCUCCAUCAGCAUAUCCUGGGGUUCAUGGUGGAGGCUACCAACCCCCUCCAUAUGGCGGAGGCCAGCAGUGGCAGCAACAAUCAUAUAGUUCGUAUGCCGUGCGAGGCCCCUACGGAGGCAGGCCACCACCCACAAGGGCUGAUUCAGGGUCACAGCAACCACAGAACCGUUAUGGUGCUUUAGACAGAAGUAACAACCGGAGGCCUUCAUCUGGAUACAGAAGAUAAUAGUUUGUGACCCAGUUUAUGUUAUAACUCAAAGUUUGUUAUCAGUAAAGCUUCGAGUAACUCAGCUAAAGCAUAGGCGGAAUAGUCUGCUAAGUCUUGUGACCUUCAAGCAGUUAGGGGGUGGCCAUCAAAGAUAUUGGGAGGCAAAAUUUGUAUGCUAGUGCAGACUUUCAGGUACUAGCGGUUUUGAUCGCCAUUGAAGCAGCUAGGUUUGCGGCAUCUCAGAGGUUUUGUGAAGCAAGAUUUGUAUACUACUGUUAUCAACGGGCCAUCAGGUACUGGUGGCUGGUCGCCAUUCUUUAUCUGUAGCUGCCAUUUGUUUAGAAGAUGUCAUAAACGGCCCUGGGGUUUAAAUAGGUCCCAUUGAGAAUAUUUUUGAAGGACGUUUACUCUGAGACUUGACAAGUUUUGGGGGCAUUUUGAUAUCAGAUAAAUGUAUGCAGGAGUGCAGUUUUGAUGAUGUGUGUAUUCCAAGUCAUUAAUUAAA